GACAACACACCACCAGUUUUGUCGUGGAGAAGGAAACUCCCAGCCGUCACAGGCAAGCGUGUAAGAUUUAGAUGGCAAUCAAACGAGAUCGCAGAAUUCUUCUGCGCACACGAGAGAAUUAAUUAUAUGGAAAGAUGCGGCAAUUUCAGCCUGAAAGGAAGGUGGAUUGAGGCGAAUUUACCCGAAGGAAAACAUCGUUCCUGGGUUCUUGGGGUUGACGACGUUGGCAAUCGUGGCAAGCCAUUGCACCAUGAGUGGGUAGUAGGUAUGUCCAUAUAGUCUUUCAAAACAUGGUUUGGAAACUCCGCUAAAGUCUUUGUUCUAUCUCUUUGUUCGCGUUUAUGCACUUUUGUGCACGGUCAAUGAACACAAUGUAUUUCAGUAUAAUGAACGAAUCAUCCUAUAGCAACGUUUCAGUUCAGUCAUUCAACCAUGCUAUUUAAAUAUUAAUAAACCUAAAACAAAGCCAAAGGAUGUGCACGGUGUAACUGGUACGGCUCAACAUAGAAUCCCAGCCCAUUAUAGCUGCCUUGAGGUUUACUGAGGCCGCGUUUACACUAUGACGCUAUGGUAAAUUUACCGUAGCGUAGUGAUUUGCAUCCCCGGGGUGCCAAACGUAGUGGUCCGUAGUUAAUAUACGCUACGGCAAACUACUCCGUUGUAGUGUAAACACAAUACUAAGAAACGUAGUGAAUUUUUAACGGAAUUGAUUUCCGUAGUUUGUACGCUACGGCAAACCACUCCGUUAUAGUGUAAACACAAUAUAAUUCCGUAGUUAGUGCGCUACGGCAAACCGCUCCGUUAUAGUGUAAACAUGCACAAUAUAGUCUCAAUACUAUAGAAACGUAGUAAAUUUUUAACGGAGUGUUAGCCGUAGCGUCAUAGUGUAAAUGCGGCCUGAGCGUCCAGACCAUGUCUCGAAAGACUAUGGUAAGUCAUAGCGUAGUUCUUUAAGAAGCAAUUUUUUUCAAUAUCGCGUAUUUGCGAUGAAAAGUGUUCAAAACCUGAAAUCUUUUUGGCGUUCCUCUCAAAAUUACUUUGUUUUAGCUUUAUUUUGUAGUUUACACAGUUUGCAACCUUUUUAAAUGUAUCGGGCGGUUGAGAAACACAAAAUAAUAAUUAAAUAUUGUCAAUUUAAAUACAGUUAUCAUUGAUGCUGUAAAAUUGACGGCAGAUUUAUUCGGCAAUAUAAGCAAAACUUACUGAACUUCAGACAUUAUUUUCUCUUUGACAUACCAUCUAAAAUCUCUUCUUUUUAGUAUAAUUUUACUGAUACAUUAUUAUUACUAUUAUAAUUUUUAUUAUUAUCAUAUUCCUAACAUUUUCUCUUCUUUCUUCCAGACACCAGAGGCCCUUCGCUUUUCUUCAAUCAGCCAGUCCCGAAAAAGAGUGGUCGCAGCGUACGCUUCUCGUGGCGAAGCAACGAAUACGCCACGUUUCAAUGCGCCUUAGACGGUAACUCUAAUUUCUUCAAGUGUGGAGAAGGUUUCCAAGCGCAGUUAAAAUCUAGUAACUUGAGAAGAAAUGGCGAACAUGUACUGUACGUCAAAGGCACUGAUGCUUAUGGUAAUGUCGGAGAUACCAUUUCAACCAGAUGGAUCGUAGGUAGGUUAAUUUGAAACUAAUUUACCGUAACAUUACUCUGAUUCUAUUUAUUUAUUUAGCUUUGCCAACUAGGGCAGGGUCACCACAACAGCAUAUGCCAAUUACUGUGGGCCCUUUUACCUAACCCACCCUGUCAACUUUCCCCUUUCUUCUUUCACAUGAGGACUGGGUUCGAGUCGCAUUGAGAAAGUUCUCACUGAGAUUUGAACCUGCGACCUUAGAGGUGAAAGGCAAGUGCGCUAACCACUUCGCUACCGAUUAACAUACGAGCCUCUAGUCCUGGGCUAGAGUACAUUUAUGUUGGACAAAGUUACAGUUAGGUCGGACAACAACUCAUUUUCACUUAGGUCGGACAGAAUGUCCAGUGGUUUCCUCUUUACGUCGGACAAUUUCACGGAUGGGUCGGACAAUAAUGUCCGAGGCCUGAAAUCAGGCCCACAUUACACCAUGGAUAAUAAAAUAAAUGGAUAGGAAACUAGCUGACGUGACCUAAUGUUUUUACUGGGAUUGAUGGCGUGGUUGGAUGCCUCAACCUAGUUGAAAAUCAAAUUCUCAAAAACGGCAUGUUUAGCAAUAAUACAGCUAAACAUUUUAGUCAAAGAGCAAAUAAAUGUAACCACGCCAUUCUACGAUGAAAACUCUAAGUAUUCCCAGUCAAUUUUAGCAAAUAUUUCAAGCACUAAACAGUGAAAAAUACAUCGCAAAUUUCGUUAAAAUUUGUGACGCCAAUUUCGUAGCUACAAAUGUAAAAAAUACAAAACAAAGACGAAAAACAUUUACCUUGAAUACUUUGUCGUGGCUUAGGCAUGUUUUUAAAACAAUUAGACCAGUUUACGCUUCAAGAUCACCCUUUUAAAGUGGAAAAUAUAGCAAAACAACAAAUAUGCCGAGAACUUUGGUAAUAUUCGCAAUACGCGUGACGUCACGUUUUUCAACAAGGAUGCAGUCAAUGACGUCAGAAGUUUCCAAUCUAUUUAUUUUAUUAUCCAUGAUUACACUAAACACUACGACAGACUUUGUUUUGCAGCGAGUUGCAAACGACCUACUUUAUUCUCAGAUUUUGCGAUUAACAACGUCGCGUUAUAUAAUUCACUGUUUAAUGUUGAAAUCGUAUCCGUGACUUCUGGCCAUGAGUCGAUCUGUGUGCGAUAGUCCAUAUCCACUUCACCAAACAUUUUCUCUUUCGCUAGACUUGGUGGCUCCAGUUCUAGUCGAUGUUGGUCCGUUACCCCGUCUCACGAACCGGAAUCCUGUUAUCACGUGGACAGUGAAUGAAGAGGCCGUGUUCGAAUGCGCGCUGGAUGACCUUGAUAAAUUCACAUGGUGUGGCAACGGCACUUCAGGAAAGUUUCAAGGGAAAGAUUUGAAACCAGGUGACCACCAGAUUGUUGUCAGAGUCAAGGAUCCCCAAGGGAACACGAAUAAUCUAAUUGAUCACACUUUUGUUGUUGGUAAGUAUGUUUAAAGGGCGUAUGACUCGAAAAUUGACGGUGUUAUUUUUUAGUCUAAUUUGAAAGAUCGUUGAAAACUGUAGAGUAACUUCUUUGACAGAUUUUUGUUUUCCUGCUUCGUUUUGGAGAUAUUUCAUUUUGUAUGAUAUGCAAAGGAGGACCAACUUUCUACGUCACAUAUGCAUAAUGAUUUACUCUAUGAAUGUUAUAUUUGAAUUGAAUUGAAUUGAAUUUAUUACAAAAUCUGAAUGGCAGCUAAGAGCUGAAUUGUACAGAGUUGACAUUUAAAAUACAUGGUAAAACUAAUACAUAUAGUAAUAUACGGUAUAUUAAAACUAAAAUUUAUAUUACAAUUAAAAUGAAUCAUUAUAUGAUACGAUACUAGAAGGAAUAAAACUUUUACUAAAUCUUGUAGUCUUACAAUUAAUUAAGUUAAUAUGCUGAUCGUUACGUAGAUUGUAAGUACGUAAGUCCUCGCGUUUAUUAGGGAUAAGUUCAUUCAAUUUAUUUUCCGGGUUGAGAAGUUUCUUAAAAUAGGAUUUACAUAAAUUAUUUCGUCUUUGAGAGAGCAACGAUAAUUCAUGAACUUCCAAGGCUUUGCGGUAUGACAGGUCAGGACAUAUUAUUCGUAGGGCUCGCUUCUGAAUUCUUUCGAUUUCUUCCUUUAAAUAGUCAGGGGAGUUUAAGUUCCAAACCUGGCAUGCAUAUUCAAGCACAGGUCGUAUACAUGUGGUAUAGACUUGAAUUAGAGAACUCCCUCCAAGACCGCUGCGUUUAAGCACUCGGAGAAAAAAAAGUCUCUUUGAUGCCUUGUAUACUAUGUGUUCAACAUGUAAGUUCCAACUAAGAUCAGAAGAAAAGUACAGACCAAGAACCUUUGCUGAUAAAACUGGGGACAUACAGUGAUCUUUAAUCACUAUUUGUCACUAUCAAAUAAAUUCGCUCAAAAUGAAUGAUGAGCACGAGAUUUGUCCACAACAACACCCAUGUAGGUUUUCUACUGAUUGUGUUUAGUCGUUUUAAAAAUACACAACUUUUAGGGCUAAAUCAUUAUGCAUAUGUGACGUAGGAAGUUGGUCCUUUGCAUAUCAUACAAAAUAAAAUAUCUCCAAAACGAAGCAAGAACAAAAUCUAUCAAAGAAGUUCCUAUGCAGUUUUCAAUGAUCUUUCAAAUUAGACUAAAAAAUAACACUGUCAAUGUUCGAGUCAUUAUGCGUCCUAUUAAAGUAAAGCCUGGUUUACACUGUCAAAUCUCUGUGAUCACAGUAGGAACUUUGCGUGGGUAAAUUCUAAGUUAUGAAGGAUUUGUAAGAAAUUUUUGAGGGAACUGACUUUUUGUUUACCACUGACUCAAUUCCCUCAAACGUUAUAAAAUUCGGCAACUUAAUGAAAUUGGGAAUUUCAAUUAGCCUGCGACAUUCAGACCGGAGUUCAGGAAUAUCGUGUUUUUUAAGUGACGUUCCCGUGGCCUAACGCCAGCUGAGCUAAAUUGAAACUUUUAAAGUGCAAGUCACCUGACAUUGUUUUGCGUACUAAAAACAGACAAAUAUAUAUUUUAGGCUACAUAACAUCCUCGCAACACUAAUCUGGCACCCAAUUAUUCUUGAGCAAAGUUUUGAAGUUGAACAAUCUUUUAUAUAAUAGUUACGUUUUUGGCUGAUCUAUAAAUAGACCUUAUGCAUAAUGACGUCACAAGGCUUGAUGAAAUAUACCCAAGAUAUUCCACCAUUCCUUUCUAGGUAUUCCGGAUAAUCGUGGUCGAGAGUUCAUGCUUGCGUUCAUGCAGCAAUACCUACACAAGAAAGCUGGCUCAGUGAGUCUGUUCAUCACAUCAGAUAACAACACCGUAGCCACUAUAUCUAUUCCUGGCGUGCAGCCACGUUUCAGACAGGAAGUCGAACUACAGUCCGAUGAACUUGUCAGAGUUGAUCUGCCGAUCAAUGUACGCAUGUCAGGUAAGGCCCGUUUCAUCACAUUUUACAUGUGUUCGAAUUCAAUGACUUGAAUGGAUGGUUGCAGCUAUAGACUACAUUUUGAUCUAGGCAAGAAGAACAAAAUCCAUCACAGCUAGAAAGAGCAUGUUAAAAUUAGUAAAGUUGCAAAAUUUGGUUGCGAAAUGGUGUAAAAUGAGGAAAAUAUAGCCCCGCGAAAUUUACAAAUUUUGUAUGUACUAUUUACAACAUGAGCGGCCGUGUUUGCGGUCCGUGUUGUAUCGGAUAUACAAACUUCGGCUCGAGUUUGUAUAUUCGAUACAACACGGACGCAAAUGUUGUAAAUGGCUUAAAAAACGACUCAUCUUAUGAGUUCAUUGGCGAAGUAAUUUUAAAAAUAGAUAGAUAGAUAGAUAGUGUAUUUAAAAUUCACCUUGCAGCUGGACAGCUGAAUUGCGUGAUUUACAAAAGUAUAUAAAACAUUAUUUAAAAGAUAGAAUAUGGGUUAAUUACAAAUGGUCAUUAAAACGCUUGGUACUAAAAAUUACAUUAACUUAAGUUACUAGACAUAGGAAUAAAAGUUUUUUUAAAUCUUUCUGUAUUAGUUUCGAAUCGUUCAAACAGUCUAUUGUUCCUAAGUUGGUAAACCGACUCAUGUUUGGGAGGCAGUAAAUUAUGCAGUUUGUGUGUCGGAUUGUUAGUAAUAUUUGUAAAAAGUUUGUUACACAUUUCUUCGCGUCUUUGGAACAAAGUUUGAAGAUUGAAUAUUCUAAAUAAACGUUGUCUAAGCCGAGAAAAUCAAAGUUAAAGUUUAUGUAAAUCAACAUGAAUCUGUAUCACAUAUACUGGUCUGUAUUAUACAGACUCCUUCACGCCCAUGAUUUCUUUUGUGUUUUCUUCAUGAAUUAUUAAUGAGUUUUUUAAUAAUUUGUAUUACGCACGGGAAAAUGCACCACAUUUGGGCCGAAAGUGUUAUAUCAUGCAUGACUGUAUCAGACGUGUUGGAACAAACGACCCAUCAACAAUAAUACAGUAUGCCAGCAUAGAUAAAAACAGUUUGAUUAAAAUAUUAACGAGAUCAUUGCACGUCCUUGUAGGCACCCAGAAAGAGACGAAAGGAAUCCUGGUGACCGCUGAACACGAACUUGUCGUAUAUGGAUUGAACAUCAUGCCCCAUAGUACAGACGCCUUCCUUGCCUUACCCACAGAUAUUCAAGGAACUGAGUAUUAUGCAGUAUCCUACACAGUCAGUCAGCACUCGCUCAUUGGAAUUGUAGGCAUAUAUGACAACACUGUAAUCUACAUCACACUAAAAAUGAGCAGAGACGUACCGCUCGUGUAUCAGCAAGCUGUGUACAGAAAUGGUGAUACGAUGAUCAUUGAAAUUAAUAGACAAGAAACGUUCCAGCUUGCUCACACAGAAGACCUAACUGGGACUCGAAUCGCUUCUACUCAAGUUGUAUCAGUUUACAGUGGCAACGAGUGUGCUAAUGUCCCCCAGGAGAAAGGCUACUGCGACCAUUUGGUUGAAAUGCUAACACCUACAAGCACUUGGGGACGGAGGUUUGUCACAGCUCCUCUGUUCAGCCGCAAGAGCGGCGAUUUUUUCCGAGUUGUCGCAUCAAAGGACGAUACCUUGGUCACAUUUCAUCCGAACGAUCAGGAGUACCUGUCGUCUGGCGAGUUUAUGGAGCGAGAUAUCCCUUCAAACGAGUACAAGUUUAUAACAGCAACCAAACCUUGCAUGCUAUUGCAGUACAGUAAAGGAGCCGAUAGCGACGACACCGACACCGAUCCAUUCUUAAUCAUGAUACCCCCUAUUGAACAAUACGCAGCCCACUAUAUCCUAUCAACCCCCGACAGACCAACACAGCAAUACUUCCAAAGUUAUAUAAAUGUUAUUGUGCUCAGCGAACAUUUCCGAGGUGUGUUGGUUGACGGAAAGCCUGCACAUCACACCAACGCCUUUAGGCGGAUACCCGGAACACUGUACUCGGCAUCGGCUGUAAGGGUGACAAAAGGUGCCCAUACGGUAGAUCACACUUCGCCUAUUGUGACCUUUGGGGCUUUCAUGUACGGGUUUGCUUGGAGGGACUCCUACGGCUAUCCAGGGGGGUUGCGGCUCGCGGAUAUCACAGGGGAGUGUACAGGCGUGGAUACCCCAGCAGACGGAAUGGAUAAUGAUUGUGAUCGAAGGAUAGAUGAGGAAUUGAAGAACGGGAUUGAUGACGAUGGUGACGGACGUAUUGAUGAAGAUUUAGCAACAUUCCCACCCACUAUUGAACUUGCUGAUCCUUACUAUGAGUAUGAGAGUUGCGUCUUUGAGGUAAGCUUUGACAGCUGAUAUUCCGUAAACCUCCGACUAUAAGCCCCCCCCCCCCGAAUAUAACCCCCCGAAUAUACCCCAUGUAUAAGCCUCACCACAUGUACUAACGCUCACCCUAUUCCAAAUAUAUAAGCCCCCGAAUAUAGUUUUUCCCCCGAAUGAAGCCCCCAGAAUAUAAGCCCCCUGAAUUAAUAUAAGCCCAGUAAUCGCUGCUUAAUACAUGUUUAUUUUCCUGUUUAUAUCACAUUUGUGUCGGUUUUCUUUGAUCGUCCGAGGUUUAUAACUAGCUAAUAUACCUUGAAUAAAUAAUUACAUCAAACUUUUCGACAAAACGCGAGAAUUUUUCAUCAAAAAUUUUUGAAAAUGACAAAAUAUGUUAGAAAACCUCCAUAAAUGUGAUAUAAGUUAGUUAUAAACCUCGAAAGUUGGUUUAUAACUGAUAUAUUGCCCUCGGACGCUGCGCGUCCUCGGGGGCAAUAUAUCAGUUAUAAACCUCCUUCUCGGUUUAUAACUCUAACUUAUGACUGACUUGUUUAUGUCUGACUUGUUUAUUACUAACACAAAAGAUCGUCCAUGUACAAGCCCCCCCCCCCCUGUAUAUAAGCCCACCCUUGUAUAAGCCCAUCAAAAAUCGCUUACGAAAGUAUACAUAUAAGCCCAGGGCUUAUCGUCGGAGGUUUACGGUAUGUCAAUAAGUUUUCUUUUGUGAGUCCAGUCUGCAAGCUUCCAGUGUUGUAAAGUGUUUUAGCCAUUCAAUUAUGAAAAGUUGAUGCUUACACAUGCGUUGCGCCAUAUUUACUCAAGGGACUUCAAUUUGAAUCCCAAAUGAGAAUAAUUUCAAACUCAGACAUGCAGUGCAUGCAAUCACAACGUAAUUAUCAAUUAAAUAAUGACUAUUAAAUAAAACGUAAGCUUAAGUUUGCAAUGUAGCAAGCAAUAUAUGAUUCUGUACAAUGCAUGCCAAUGAUUCUAAGGACUUUUUAUUCAUUUUAUCAAGUUACCCAUGUUCUGAAAGAUUCGCAUAACUUAGGCCCUUUUGGCAUACAUCGCCCCUCUCCUCCCUCCAGUGUCCAGCACUGCUACAGACUGUUCAGACAGAUUAUCGUAUUAUUAUAUAGGUUGAUGCACUGGUGCCACGACCUAAAUCCAUCAGUUCGGCAGAGUGCGACUACAAAGGUGCGCUACGCCUAACAUACCGCGACAGCGUUCUUGACCAAGACUGCACGCAGAUAAUCAACCGUACCUGGCAGGCCUCGGAUGGCUGCGGUAACGUGGUCUACCUAACCCAAGUUAUCAAGAUCACAAGACCAAGACUUCUAGUACGUUUCCCGCAUCACGUCCCGAACGGUUGUGUCGGAGCGAUCAGUUUAGCAGUUACGGGCCGACCAGUGGUCGAAAGCCCUUGUAAACAGGAGAGAGUGAGGGUCGCCUACAGGGAUAAUAUAUCCAAGAAGGAUUGCCAAGAGAAAGGCAUGUUACUCGAAAGACAUUUUACCGUCUCUGAAGUCUGUGGAAGAGAGUACAAUGGAGUACAGCGAAUAUACCCUGGUGAGUCAAGCAUAGGGCGACUGCAUGGGGAGAGGGGGAAACUGCAUGGGGAAAGGGGGACUGCAUGGGGAAAGGGGGACUGCAUGGGGAGAGGGUGAUUUCCGACGAAGGAAAUGGUCUAUUAAGGCCCAUUUCCACUCAAGAAAAAUUUCCACGGACAGAAAAUUUUCCGAAAAUGUCAUUGUUAAAAGUUGAAAAUUUUCAACUUCAAAAUUUUUUUCCGACGGACAAAUUGUGUCGGCCAAUCACAUUUUACAAAUUUUUCUUUCCGCGGAAAAUUUUCUUGAGUGGAAAUGGGCCUUUAUAACUUUCAUGAUUUAUGGAAUUUUGGAUCUGCAAUCUUGCUCGGGGGAUGACGUCAUGUCUUCUUGUAUUUUUAGGCGCAAGAACUUAGACACCCAAGAACAAGUUAGAAAUUGAAAAGGCAGUCAAAACAUAUUGUAUUUGUAUAGUGAAACUAUGAUACAUCUCUAUGGUUAGAAAUAUAAUUGCCACAGUUAGUCACUGAUGUCAAAUUUGAUCGAGCAAAGUAUCAUGUAUUAGAUGUGAUAUUUUCUACUUGAAUGGCUUGACCAAAUUACUUGAUGUUCAAUGAAGAAUGUAAAUGCCAAGAUAGUUUAGAAAGUAUGUCCUGUGUUCAAAAGAAUUAUAUAUAUAAUUUCACUUUCUGUACGUAUGUCCUUACCGGGCAAGUGAAAUUAAGAAUUGAUAUACAAAAGAUAAUAUAUAAGACAAAUAUACGAAUUAAAAUAUAAACUUUAAUGAUGUGG